AUGGACGAUAACGAUUUUGAUCAAGUGCCUCAAAUUUUAUUCAAUGGUGUUACAUCCCUCAGUAAAAUAGGCACUCCUGGAACUCUCAUUCCAAUGACAUACGAUACACGUGCUGUGCUAUGUGGUGAUGAUUCUAAUAAUGUCAUCAUUGUUGCUACUCGAUUCGGCAAUGGUCGAUGUUUGGUAUUUGCACAUAAUGGUUAUCCUGCUAUUUUUCUUACUAAUGACACAAAAGAUCAGCGUUUUGUUGAAAACUGUCGUCAAUGGUUGUCUCAAGGACAAGAUGCACGAUUCGAAUCGAUCAACGAGAUAGACUCGAUGGAUGAUGUCAAGGAACAUGGAACAAUUCUCGUUUGGAAUGGACAUAAUACUAAAAGUGAUACUUUCAUGGAUGAUUUGUGUGCAUAUUUACAAGCAGGUGGUGCUCUUGUUUGUGGAACAACUGCUUGGGGUUGGUUAAGCCGAAAUAGUGGCAAAUUUCUUUCAGAUUUUCCAUUUACUCGUUUUUGUGAUUAUAUUGGUGUCAAAGUGACCGAUAAUUGUGCCCGUUGUCCUGAUCCGAUUCCGUUUCGACCUGAAUUGGUCAAAUUCAAAAAUAUUUAUCAUGCUGUUCAGGCAUUAGUCGACGAACCGCAUAAUAUCGAAAAUUUAAAUAUUGUUGGAUCGACAAUCAAGGAACUAGGUGAUACGUUGCCUGGUGUACCGGUUGAAACUCUAGAGAAUAUUGUUCUCAAUGCUGGAAGUGAUAUUAUUCCAGCGAGUAAUUGUCCUAUUCGAGAUAAAGCAUGUCGACAGCAAUCGACCGGUCUCUGUGGUAUUUUGUGUGCAUUACCUGGUAUCAAAGCUCCUGGCGUAAAGAGUUUUCCUGGUGAUUUUGAUGAUCCACCGUCUAUUGAAACAAAUGUCACGGUUCAUAUUCAAUCGAAGGCCAACGAAUGGUAUUGCACAGGAUACUAUGUAGCUGCGGGUAUUCCCAUACAAAUCGACGUAUUAGAGCACGGUGGUGCAACUGGAUGGUCAGCCCGAAUUGGUUGUCACAGUGAUGAUCUCAGAAAUUCUAAUGAAUUACGUCGAUGGUCAUGUAUUUCUAUAUGUAAACCGCUGUCUGGUACUAGUAUCCGAAUGAAUUCAGCUUUUGGUGGUCUUCUCUUUCUUCAGAGUCCUAAUGAUGAAUCGAAUUCGAUUAGUGUUAGCCUACAGCAUGUUGUUCUAUCACCUACUUACGAUCUCAUGGAUUCGGAUCGAACAGAACAUUGGAAAGACCAACGUAGUAACGCACAAGGCCUAUGGGCAGACAUUGCUGGUCAAUACAUUGUUUUCAAUCUUCCUUCGCAAAGCGUACUCCAUUUGGAUAGUGCUCAACUAGAUCGAGCUCUUCGUUUCUGGGAUAGCAUAAUAAUGGCUCAUCAUGAAUUACGAGGUACUACACCAGUACGUCGAGAACGCAUCGUAUGCGACGAACAACCAUCGGCUGGCUAUAUGCAUAGUGGCUAUCCGAUUGUCACUCGUAUGGAUGUAUCUGAUCCAAAUGCUGAAAACUUCUUAUUGAAUAGUGAUAUACUAGAAAAGAAAGGCUCUUGGGGUCUUUUUCAUGAGAUCGGUCAUAACAUGCAGCGUGGUUGGUGGACUUUCGAUGGUACUGGUGAAGUAACAGUGAAUAUCUUCUCUUUACAUGCGAUGGAUGUUGUUUGUCAUCUUCAACCAUGGAUUCAUUCUUGGCUUCAGGAUCAAAUGAAGAUGACGCGCGAGUAUAUACAGAAAGGGUCACGUUUCGAUCAAUGGAAAACAAAUCCUGGCAUUGCUCUCUUUAUCUACGCACAACUAGCACGAGAGUUUGGUUGGAAUAGCUACAAGGCUGUCUUUCGUCAAUAUGAACAAACUAAACCGAAUCUGACUAGUAAUCAAGACAAGAUAGAUCAUUGGAUCAAAACCUUCUCGCAUCAAGUAGGCUAUAAUUUAGUUCCAUUGUUCAAUUUCUGGGAUUUUCCCGUUUCACAAUCAACUAUCGAUGGCCUUCGCGACCUGCCAAUUCGACAAAUCUCUGAUGAAUUGAUUGAAAUAGCACCAGAACGCUAUAAAAUCUAA